AUGGAGGAGUUCACGCAUAACGCCAUCGACUUUCAAGCAUGGGAGUUUGGUACGCCUUAUUCCGACCGGCACUCCGAGGACUGUGCCCUAUACAGAGCGGACAACACCACCAUGUCAGACGAAGGCGUGCCCGCCGUAUACGGCCCCUUCAAGACGCACGAUGAUGAGCCCAGCUUCUUGGUUGGCUUCGAGACCAAGGACGGAUCGGAGAUGAUCAAACAUUUCGUUUAG